ACAUGAUAGUUUUUAUUCACAGAGCAGACUCAAACCUCUCUAGCAGCAAGUAAGACUUUUACUAAGACAAGGCAACAGUGAGAAAAGUGCAAGGUUUAAACUGAACAGAAAAACCUGCAGCCAGGAACCUAUUUUACAGAUUAGAUAAAUAGACUCUGUAAGUGCAGCAGAUCAAAUUAAUCUGCAAAAUGCAAGCUGUUCGUCAGUGUUCAGUGUGUGCGAGCCGUGCCGCUACAGGACUUGUGCGGAAUCAGAUAGACAUUUCAGUGCUGCGGACCAGUAAGAGCGUGCUAAGGAGAGGAGCAGCUUGCAUUCGCUUCCUCAGCAGCUCUGAGAGCAGGAUACCUGGAAACCAGAAGUUUGGGGAACUGACAAAGUCUUCACACAUGAGCAUAGCGUCUUUAACCAUUGCCCGUGGGCUUUGUGCUGUCCCUUUUACACAGCAAGUGGAAAACCUCUCGCAUGACUCUCUGAUCAGAAGAGCUGCCUCAGUGAUUACAGACAGCUCAUGUACUUUCCUCUCUCAGACCACCUUGGCUUACGUCGAUGCCCUUGCAGACUAUUCAAAGGCUGUGCACUCACGUAUUGCUUUUCAAAGACAAUAUUUGGCGUCACUGGGAAAAAUGACCCCAGCAGAGGAGGAUUCACUCCAGCAAGCGAUCAAUGGCUGGCGUGCAGAGGCUAGUGAAAGACUAGUUGAAUGCAAACGUUAUGAAUCAGCUUGGAUCAAUGCCAUCAGCCUGUGUAAAAUGGCAGCUGAGGCAGCGUGCACUUCAGGAGCUCACCAGGCAUCCAUCUCAAUGAGGACAAACAUCCAGGUGGCCCGGUCGCAGGUGGAAGAAGCACAGAAACUUUCUGCCGAGGCAGAUAAGAAGCUGGCUGAGACAAAAGUAGAAGAGAUCCAGAGGAUGGCAGAAUAUGCUGCCUUCCUUGAGGAUAGUGAUGGGCUUGAGGUGCAUGAGGCUUAUCUACGAGAGGACUAAGACAGACAUAUGGGAAAACAGGAAAACAAUGUGCAAGUGCUAUUGAUUUCAAAGUAAUGAGCUCAACUUCGAAAACGUCUUUUCUAGUCUUUUUGCUAUAAUAGCUUUCCUACUGUCAGAUAUUUACAUGUUUACUUUCACAGAAGAAUAAAGCAAAAAAUGGCUAAUUUUGAAAAUAAAAUUAACAAUAAACCACUUGCAAAUAUUUUUAUUUAAGACUAUUUAUUAGGGUUAGUAAAUGUAGGAAAACGAUGGAAUCACUAAUAUUUUGUUCCAGUGAUUCUUAUCCAUCAGUGGAGUACAAUAUAUGUUUUGCUGUAACAAAGAUUUUUUUUAAAUAAAAUUACUGUGUCCUCCA